UUCUCUCAGUGAGUGGUGCGGUGCGUGCGCGACUCGAGCUUCUGUCCGUACGCCCUAGUACUGUAUCUGUGCUACUACCGGCUCGCAGCGACACCCUCCCACCCUCUCCUUAUCUCUGAGGACAACCUACUCCUUUACAUAGGUUUGGCGAAGUGGCCGGAAGACCGAACGGACAUUACAACCCCAUUAGUCCGGUCCGGAAAGGAUAACAGUGCCAUGGUUUAACGGCAGGAUGGAGUUAAGCGGUUUUGCGGCUCUUAUCACCCUGACCGCCCUCUGUACCGGCACGGGGGGACUACGACAGGUAGAACUUCAUGUUCCAGCGGCUGUCACCACCGGCAGCACGGCUACAUUGUUAUGUCACUAUGACCUUGAGAACGACCCUCUCUAUGUUGUCAAGUGGUAUAAAGGUCGUCAGGAAUUCUUCCGUUACAUGCCCAAAGAGAAGCCUCGCACCAGCGUCUUUCCUUUGGCUGGAGUCAACAUAGAUCAAAGUAUGUCGGACGAGCGUAAGGUGGUGUUGCGAGAGGUGACCAAGGAGUUGACUGGACGCUACCGCUGCGAGGUAUCCACGGACGCCCCCGACUUUCACACCACCAUCGUAUCUGCUUUUAUGAAUGUAGUUGAUCCUCUAAAGAAAGAGCCGGUUUUGAUGAUGGAGAAACAGAGCUACUCGGUGGGUGACACGCUGAGGGGGAACUGCACCACCCCUCCCUCCAGCCCUGCUGCCAACAUCACCUGGCUCAUCAACGGCCAUAAGGUAAAUGCAUCAUACAUAGUGCAGAGUGUUGUGGAGGGCCAGGAUCCAGUCACCAUAGCUGGUCUCAACCUGGCUGUGAACACGUUUCUGGGCGGGAAGUUGACGAUCGUGUGUGUGGCAGACCUGUUCCAAGUGUACUCCAGCAGGGCGGAGAUUACUCUAGACGAGGAGAAACCCCGCCUUGCAUCUGUCUUGGGCAAUCAUCAUCAAGCCCAAGGAAGUGCAAGCAGUUUUCUCGCGUGUGCUCUUCUCUCCUCCACAGUAUUAGCUCUUCUCUCCUUCCUCAGAUAGCAUCAGCUGACCUCCUUCGUGUGAACUAUUAUCACCACCCCUAUGUACAUAGUGAGCCCCAUAUACAUUUUUAAACAGGGUAGAACAUAAGCCAGAUAGGCAUAGAACAUAUACAUGUUAAACCUUUGUACUACAUGGUAGAGUAAGUAAUUGUUGGCAUUGUAGUUGUAUUUGUAUUUUUAAAUUAAAUCAUUUUCUUGUUUAUGAAUGAUGUUAUGUAAAUAGUUUUCUAUGACGAACGUGUACAAAUUGGUACAAUUUAUAAACUGUUUAAAUUACUAUUUUAGAUUAUGUUUACAAUCGGUUAUUUUAUUUAACUAGUAAUAUAAUUUUAUGAAUACUUAAUAAAUUACUUGAUAAAGUUACUUUCUGUGUAUAUAGUGAAGGUUUUAUUUGUGUUCGGGUUUUGGACCUAAAUAACACAUUAAUUUCUAGCUAUUUUAUUAUAUGUAAAAAUUGACUUACAAAUCAUUAGAAUAAUUUGAAAACAAUACAGACCCCUUUCGUUAUGCUUGUAAAUAGUAUGCAGAUAUUGCUUGGAAAUAUAAUAUUAUCACAGAAUAAUAUUAUUUUUAGUCAUUUUAAACAAACGUAUGUAAACUACUACGAUGUUAUCAAUAGAACACUACAAAUCACAACAUUAUUAAAUGUACAAUUUAAAAACUGUAUUUAUUAUUCCAUAUAUCGAUUAACUGGUCCUUCGCUUCGUUUUAACCUAAUUUUAAAUAAAGGUUGUAAAUAAUAUGCAAAGACCUAUGGAAUUGUUGAUGGUGUUUCUGUAGGGAAUGGCAGUGCUCACUUUAUAUGCGAUUUUAGUGUGUCUAAUAUCAAAUAAGUGUUAGAAAUUAAGUACAUCAACUGCUCAUAUUGGUUUAAAUUUAGUGAAGAGCUGUUUUGUAUUAAAUAAUAAAUUUUAUUAUAAUUUAUAUCACACAAUAAAUAUAUCGGGGAAUAUUAGAUCCAAAUUGCUAGACAAAAAGUGGUUAUUUAUAUCUGUGAAAAUAUUCACCCUGUUUUCCAAUAGUUAAAAGAAAAAAUCGUCUCACGUAAUUAUAAAAAUACUUUAAAAUAGUUUAAAGGGGUAGUUUAUUAUAUAUUUUUAAAUAUUCCUUUAGAGUAUUAGGGUUGUUUUCUCCGUAUAGGCCAUAAAACUCAGGAAAUGGGUUUUUGAACAUUAAAGACUCAGAAUAGAAAUAAGGAAGGUUCAGCUUUCAUUAAUAUCAUUCUUUAUAUUAAUUUGUUUUAUUUAAUUAUUAAUAAUUAUUCAUAUAAUUAUAAUCAUUAUAUAGUUUAAUAAUAUUUAACGCAUUCGUUCGUCUUCGAGAAAUAAUAUAAAACAUAUUUCCCAACAAAUAUUCUCGGUCAAAAUAUAAAGUUGUGAUCUAAGAUUUUCAAAAGCUGUCGUAUAUUAUUUUUCAUUUUAAUAUUUUGAAGAUCCUGGCUUAGUUAAUAAAAAUAGGUUACUGGGCACCUCAUUAUGGGUGUUUUGAAGAUUUUCUGUUGUAUUCUCGGGAAGUUGCCAUAUUAGUAUAGAAUUAUUUAGUUUUAUUUACAUCGGUCGUACGAUAAAAAUACGUCAAUAUUGAAUGCAUUUACAUGCAAUAAAUACCAGUAUUUGGAACAUGUCAGUAAAGUAUAAAAAUAUACAUGAACUUCAUAUACACAAACACAAUCGAAUGGAAAAUAUGAAAGUGUCAAAAAGCAUAUUUCAGUAUUAAAAUUAUAACCUGUGGAUGAAUGUAAUUUAUCACGUUGAUGUCGUAAAUGAAAUCCAUUUUAAAUAGCUGAAUAUUUUUCACGAAAUGAAAACCUUAAGACAUAUAUAUAUAUACUGCAUUUUUUCAAACAUUGCUAUAACAUGGAGCUAUCUAAAAUUGUUAUUUAUGGUUAAUCGAUUGUAUAUACUAUCGACUUAGAUAAGUAAUGUAAAAGUUUACCUAUCCUUAGCUGUAAAAAGGUCUUUCAUGUAAUUGUUACCUAAAGUUACGAGUAUCCUUUACCAAAUAAAUUUUAUGAUAACGGACUGUAAUAAUAUGUUAAUGUUAGUUGUGUUAAUAAAGAGGAUUUUUGUA